GAAAAAGAUAUAGAACGUUUGCAAUCAGAGCUCUCAGCUUUGUCCAACCCAAAGCAGCUGAUAGAAGAGGGCAUGGCUUCUCCAGAGCUUGAGAAACUGCGCUCUGAGAAUCAGAAGCUGCAGUACCAGCGGAAUCUCCUGAACAAGUACCUGUCAGAGGAGGAGAAGAGAGUUCGCAAUUGUGCCUUGGACAUUCGAGGUAUCAUCGAGGAUGUGUUUGCCUCCGCCAUCUACGCUGCAUUUCCUGAGCUUCCAAAUCCUGUGGUGCUUGUGGUGCCUAGUGCAAAGUUUGCUGACUAUCAGUGCAACAGUGCUAUGUCCAUUUCUCAGCAACGAAGUGCUGUGACUGGAACAAAGAGCAACCCGAGGGAGGUAGCCCAACUUAUUCUUGAUCAUCUGCCAGAGACAAAGUUCUUUGAGAAGGUUGAGAUAGCUGGACCGGGCUUUAUCAACAUCUGGUUGGACAAGGACUUUGUGUCCAGUGAAGUGACCUUCUUGCUGACCCAUGGUGUGACCCCACCCAAUGUCCAGAAGAAGAGAGUGGUCAUCGACUUCUCUUCUCCUAACAUUGCCAAGGAGAUGCACGUUGGUCAUCUCAGGUCGACCAUCAUCGGGGAGAGUCUGAGCCGCUUGCUGGAGUGGGUGGGACACGACGUGUUGCGAAUCAACCAUCUGGGAGACUGGGGUACCCAGUUUGGAAUGCUCAUCGCUCACCUGGUGGAUAAGUUCCCGAACCUGCUGGAAGAGCGGCCGCCCAUCACAGACUUGCAGGCGUUUUACAAGGAGUCCAAGGUGCGAUUUGAUGAGGAUGAGGCUUUCAAACGACGAGCUUAUGACUGUGUGGUGAAGCUGCAGGCUUUUGAUCCAUUUCAUUACAAAGCCUGGAGAAUAAUUUACGACAUCUCUAUGGAAGUGAACAACGAAGUGUACAAACGGCUUGAGGUGACACUCAAGGAUAGAGGGGAGUCUUUCUACCAGGAGAGGAUGGUGAAGCUUGUGAAGGAGUUGAAAGAACAGGGUAUCACGGAGAUGGAUGAACAUGGACGUACCGUCAUGUUUGUCCCGGGCUUUAACGUUCCCCUGAUGAUCACCAAGUCUGACGGAGGUUUUACCUACGACACUUCAGACAUGGCGUGCAUCAAGCAGAGGCUGCAGGAGGAGAACGCCGAUUGGCUGGUUUAUGUUGUGGGCAACGAGCAG